AUGGGAAACACCACGUCCCAACAAGAAAGGCUGUCGAGGACUGGCAGAAACGAAGGCACACAUCUCCCGCGCAUCAGGUCUGAUGACUUCCUGAGCGAAGGGUUGCUAUAUGAAUGUGGAUUUGAUGUCCACAACAGCCUAGACUUUGAUCCCAUAACGGGAGAGCCUAGGCUGGAGUUCGACCCCAGUCCAGAGGUCGGAAUGUCCAUGCAGAGCAGCCUUGCGUUACCCUUGAGCCAGGUCGAGGAGGGUCACCUACCAGAACCCGAUCCUUUGCCGGAAGGCCGCCGACGUUCAAUUGAUACAACUUCAUCACGCGAGGAUACCAGCAAUAUAUCCUUCGCGCAUGGGCCUGGCCCACAAAAUGUGGGGCAGGACACAAGCAACAAAGAAUACACCACAUGUACCGAGGGCGGUUCCCGCGUCCACCGCGAGCAGGAUGGCGAUGCCGCCAACGCGCGCAUCGUGCCGACAAUGUGUCGCGGACAGCACUCCUUCGACCUCGCUCCCACCAUAACACCCACGUGGAAGCCUGUCUGGGAGCGGACGAGGCCACAAGGAUACAACGGUCCACCCACGGUCCAUCCCGAGCCGUCGUCUUCUCCUAACCAAGCGACGGGCCCCACAAGGAUUAAGCCCUCGCGUGCCGCAAAAGGAGAGGGCGCAAGGGCGCGGGCGGAACCUACGCAGCUGAGCGCGGGAGGAGUCGAUCAGGCGACCCCACGCGUUGUCAAGAGAAAGGGCGACCCGAUCGGCGGUGACGAGAAGCGCAGCAGAUCCAGCCAGGGAGAGGCAUCAUCCUCAGCGCAACCCAGGAGGGACGUCGUGCCACGUCUUAGUCUUCCGCCGACGCAAAAUUCGACUGCGAGUUCUCUCCCCGCCACCACGAAGGCACCCCGUGGCCAGAAGCCACAAGAGAAGAAGUAUCGUUGCACCAAUUGCAACAUGCCGAAGGCGACGUUCUCUGCAGAGUACGAGCUCAACCGUCACUUGGAGCAGUGCACGAACCCCGGUGCGAGGCCGUACAAAUGCUGGAUCUGCCCGCAGAAAGCCGACGGCGAGCUUGUCGGCUUCGACAGACACGACGCCCUCAGACGUCAUUUUAAAUUCAAACAUCCGGGGGAGCGACCGCCAUCGAAGCGUGAUUUGAACUAG